GUAUGGCGUGAGCGAGCGGCUGGUGGGCGCGCCCGCUGCGACGUUGCGGAGGCUUCAAGAUGGCGGAAGCCCUGACAACUCAGGAGCAGCUGGCUGUGGAGGAGUUCCUGAGUGAGGUGCGUAGCAGGGAGCAGCCUCACAGUGCUGGGCUCGUCUCCCAACCUACAGCUGUUAAGUUUCUUAUGGCACGCAAGUUUGACGUCUCCAGAGCCAUCGAUCUUUUCCAAGCAUACAAGAACACAAGAAUCAAAGAGGGCAUCAUCAAUAUCAACCCUGACGAAGAGCCGCUACGCUCUGAGCUGCUGAGCGGCAAAUUUACAGUCCUGCCUGGCCGUGAUGCAAAGGGUGCUGCUCUGGCGCUGUUUACUGCCCGCCUCCAUCGGCCAGACAUUACCACUCACAAAGCUGUGUUGCAGGCCAUCAUAUAUCAGCUGGACAAAGCCAUAGAGAGUGCACAAACUCAAAGAGACGGACUCAUAUUUAUUUACGACAUGACCAACUCCAGCUAUGGAAAUUUUGACUAUGAGCUCUGUGUCAAGAUCCUUAAUUUGCUCAAGGGGGCCUUUCCAGCUCGUCUAAAAUGUGUCUUCAUUGUGUCAUCCCCUCUUUGGUUUCGAGCACCUUUCGCGGUUCUCCGCCUCUUUGUCCGCGAGAAGCUUAGAGAAAGGGUAUGCACAGUGAAAGCUCAUGAGUUGGCCAGUCACAUCCCAGUCUCUUCCCUCCCUGAACACCUGGGUGGAACGUCCCAGUACAGCCACGUGGCUUGGAUCCAGGCUUGUGUUAACGUUCACACAAACGCAGUUCAGGGUGAUGCACAAGAGCAUGACACUCACGACUGUGUGGGCAGCCUGUUGCGCUCUUACAGCUUAGAGAAUAGCAACACAAGCGUUGGUACUACGUUAUCCCACACCCACAUAAAUACACAGUUAGGUACUGAGCUACCCAUGGCUAACUCUAACUGCUACGACGAUAGCAAUGCUAACCCACACAACCACUGUGGAGUAGUGGAGGGCAGGACUCGAGGCCUAGGCCAGUACCAACAGAGCCUGAAUUCUGCUGCAGACAGGCCGCAGGGGAACCACCAACACUGGAACGGCUCAGCAGUGAGUGGAGCCAACUUGGCCGUUGGCGGCUCCAGCCCCAAUGCUAACAUGAAUGGUCGCAGUUGCCAAGCUCCUCCCCAGUCAGACACACCCCCUGACACACCGCUUUCACAGAAAGGUGAUGGGGUUGCAGUGGAUGGCAAGGCAACAGACUCUGCCAAUAGGGCUCAGAAUGAGGGUGUACAGGCAGACGAUGAGGAAGGAGAAGAGGAGGAAGGGGUGCCUCCAUUGCCUCAGAAAUCUCUGCCUCGUCCACCCCACCAGCCUUCCUCACAGUCACCGUCCCUGUCCUCAUCGUGGGGUCAUGAGGAUGAGAACCGCUGCAUGGAAGUGUCUGUUCACAUGCCAGAACAGGGCGGUAUGACAGUGCAUGAGCUGGUGGAGCACGUGAAGAGGAAGAAGAAGAAGGGCAUCUACCAGGAGUACGAGGAGAUCCGCAAAGAACCACCAGCAGGCAGCUUCGACUACUCCAAGAAAUUAUCCAAUCAGAUCAAGAACAGGUACAGCGAUGUUCUCUGCCUGGACCAGUCACGAGUGCGACUCUGCCAGCUCUGUGAUGAUGAGGAUGAGACAUCAGAUUACAUAAAUGCCAGUUUCAUGGAUGGGUACAAGAGGAGCAACGCCUACAUCGCUACUCAGGGUCCUUUGCCAAAAACCUUUGGUGACUUCUGGCGCAUGGUGUGGGAACAAAUGGUACUUAUAAUUGUCAUGACCACCAGGGUGGUAGAGCGUGGACGUGUCAAAUGUGGUCAGUACUGGCCUCUUGAGGAGGGCAGAACUGAGCAGCAUGGAUACUUCUUGGUCAGGAAUACACACAUCCAGGUGUUUCAGGACUUCAAACUCUCUCUUCUUGAACUUUACAACACACAGUCUGGAGAGAGACGGGAAGUGUGCCACUACCUCUAUGUCAGCUGGCCAGACUUUGGGGUGCCUAAGAGUGCUUCUGCUAUGUUGGACUUCCGUGAGCAUGUACUUCAAAGGAGGGAGGCAGCAGUCCAGAACCUGGGAUCCAGUUGGAGGGGUUCUCCAGGGGGCCCCCCUGUGGUUGUGCACUGCAGUGCUGGCAUCGGCCGCACAGGCACAUUCUGUACACUGGACAUCUGCCUGUCCCGGCUAGAGGACAUCGGCACAGUAGAUGUCUGUCAGACGGUGCGGCGGAUGCGAACGCAGAGGGCUUUCAGCAUCCAGACCUGGGAUCAGUAUUACUUCUGCUACACAGCGGUCAUCGAGUAUGCUCAGCGGAAUGGAAAACUGACCCCGGUGCAGUGGUCUGACUCGGACAUAGAGACUGAUAGCGAGUGAGAGACAUAAGGAGGGAUUAACCUGACGAACGAGAUAGUCAACCUCAACAGAAGUCAUAGGAACGAAAGAGUGGGGUUUCAGAGUGGAGGAGGGUGAUGACUCUUCUGCCACAAGAGAAGAGACAAAAGAUGGCAGACUCCCACAGUUUUUCUUCACGUGAGUGGAGAGACGGAGGAGAUGAAGAACUGGAGAAGAAAACACAGUGCAGUGGAGACUGUGCAUUGCGUCAUGGAUGAGCAAGCUGGCCUGCCAAUUUCCGAGCCCCUUUUUAUUUAGCAAACCACGGCGGCGGGGGGGGACUUGGCCUGCCCUGAACCUGUCUUGUUGACAAAAGCGUUGUACGAGUUGUAGCAUUUUUUAUAUUGACUUGCACAUGAGGAAUGACAAACUUGAACUUUACCCCUUGAAGCCCUCCAAACCCCCGUCUUUGUUCCUUUUUGUAUUUCUCGUUUCUUUUCAGCUCUAAACAAGUCUGCGAUCGCAGACAAAACGUGAGGGUUAUGAAAAGGUGAAACUUGAAAACAUAUCUUUUUUUUGUUUUAUGUUUUUUUUUUGUUUGUUUUCGAGGAAAUGGUUCUGAGUGAGAGAGUGGUUGUAAGUGACACAUCAGUGUGUGAGCCAUUUAGUUCAUUUCCUUUUUUUCCCUUUAUUUUUCAUGUCCAUUUUUUUAUGGUGCAUUUUCUAUGUGUGUUUCAUAUUUGUGCAUAUGUAGACUAACUUUUCAAAGCCAAAGUCCUCACCCUGAAUGCUUGGAUGUACUCCUUACUGAGAUAUUAUAGACUGAAGCCCAUGCAUAUUCUUGUAACAUACAUUUAUACAUUAUUGUGCGUAAUAACAACCUCUGGAAUAAGAGCAAAAAAAGCCUUGUUUAAUAUAAUUGACUUAACCUUGAGAAAAAUCCUAUGUAGCGAGCCAGGCUAUUACAAAAUAUAGAGAGAGUUCUGGUCUUCAACUGAUAUUGUAUAGCAAAUCUCUGAAAUGUCAGGUCUAACAUCAUCUUUACUGUCGGAGCGUUCUGACUGGACGAUCUUAAGUAAUUUGGCCUUAACUUAAUUCACUGCCUCGUCGUCGUCAGACCUGAACCAUACCUUAAACUAUACACUUUCAUUUGCCCUCGUGUUCCUUCCCCUUUUUGAAUCUUACUCCCUCGAUGCCACAACUGUUGUUAGAUUCUCGAGGUAUAUCCUGCCUCUGAUAAUUGUGCCUUCACGUUUUCCGUAGCUUAAUGUCUCACUAGUAUAAUAACACCCGAACUAGUGCACUUGCGUAGUACACAUUAACUGUGUCACACAGGACACCCACAUUUUGCCUGUUGUCCUGUACAUAGCACACUACUUGCAAAUAACAAGAAAGUAGUGAGUUAUCUGGGAGUAAGCUCUGGUCUGAGACAUGGCUAUUCUCUUAUCAUUUUACCUCAGGGGGUAAUUCUAGUGUUUUUUGCCUAGUGUCAAAGAUCCGUUUCUGGGUUUGCCUCUGGUAAAUUAUCAUUUAAGAAAAAAAAAACUAUAUCAACUUUAUUUUGUAUUUUUUACUGUAUUGUAUCCUACUGUAUUUAUGUCUUUGUACAACUUCUACAAUAUUGAAAUCAGUGAAUGUUGGUACGAUGCUAUAGAGAAAACAGACCAGUUAUUGCAUUUGAUAAGCUGAACAAAUCGACGGGGAGCGAAAAUAUAUUUUUUGUUGAAACUUAAGUGGGGGAAAUGUCACUUGCCAUAGUAUUUUCAGAACUGACGUGGUGAUUGUUCAGUUUUAGGACAAUAAGGGUCGGGUGGGUUUGCUGGGAGGGAGGGGGGGGCGAGCUAGCAGUUGUGUUUGUAGAGAGCCUAUUGUUAAACUUCUCAGUAACGGUGACAUUAACAUCUGACUGUCUGGUCCCCUAUGCCAAGGUCAAAGCAAAAAAAAAAAAAAGAAGAGCUAUCAAGUGAAAAAAGGGCAAAAAAUACAAGUGGCUGCCAUUUCUGUUCCUAUAAAUAUGAAAAUAGAAUGGGUUUAAGUUUAUCAGCAUGGAAAGAGAGCCUUGAAUGUUUUUGGGGUAAUGGUGUCCGACCGAUUUAGUCAAGACGUAGAUGGAUAUUUUUUGGUGAAUGUGGACCCUACAUCCCUCAAUGCCAAAGGCCCAGGCUCGCCCUAAAGCUGUUUAGUCCUGUCACACAUCCUCAACAGCCUACUAGCAUGGACCUACCAGUGCAGCCUUGCAUCCACGUACAGAGAGAGACUCCGGAGCACCUCGGGAACAUGACUAAUGAAUAUGUAUAGCUACAAAAUGGGGGAGUGUGUAUGUACGAGAGUUUGGGUCCCCGUGCUACGUUUAAUUUGUUUUAUAAGAAACAGAGAAUGCAACGUGCUUUUGUCAUUGGUGUUCAUUUAAUGUUUCUUUCUGUGCUUUAAGUUCAUGUGAUUGAAUUAUGGCCUUUUACAUGCUGUCAGCCCAGCUGUCCAAUUAAAGCAAUGGUCUUACUAUCUUGAAAGAA